GUAAUAUAUCUAAAUUAAUUGCUAAGCUCCAGCUCUUCAACUAAAAUACAAAACCCAAGAGUUAGAAAGAGAUCAAAAAAUGGUAUUCUUCCUCUGUUUCCUCUUCCUCUUACCCCUUAUCUUUAUCUUCUUGAAAAUUUUCAAACCUUCGAAAUAUAAAUGGAAGCUUCCUCCGGGCCCACCAAAGCUUCCAAUCAUCGGAAACUUACACCAACUCCAAGAACUACCUCCCAGGAAUCUCUCCCACAAAUACGGGCCAGUGAUGCUUCUUCGUUUCGGAUUCGUCCCCGUGGUCGUGAUCUCAUCUAAAGAAGCAGCAGAGGAAGUUCUCAAGAUCCAUGAUCUUGAAUGUUGUAGCCGACCAGAGACGGCCGGGACUAGAAAGAUCUCUUACAACUUUAAAGACAUCGGAUUCGCGCCUUACGGUGAGGAAUGGAAGGCCAUGCGAAAGCUCUCGGUGGUCGAACUCUUCAACGCGAAAAAACAUCAGUAUUUUAGGUCAAUCAGAGAGGAAGAGAAUGACUUGUUGGUCAAGACACUAACAGAAUUGGCUCUGACACGAUCCCCAGUGAAUUUGAAGAAGACCCUUUUCACUUUAGUCGGGAGUAUCGUGUGUAGGAUCGGAUUCGGGCUAAAUCUUCAUGAGUGUGAGUUCAUCGAUGAAGAUAGCAUCUCUGAUCUUGUUGACAAGUCAGAGAUACUUGAGAUGACUUCUAUGUUCUCUGAUUUCUUUCCCGGAGGAAUCGGUAGAUUCAUCGAUUGGAUCUCCGGUCAAAACAAGCGGUUCAAUAAUGUUUUCUCGGACCUGGACACUUUCUUUGAGAACAUUCUUAAUGAUCAUCUUAAGCCUGGAAUAGUAGAGAGCUCUGAUAUUAUCGACGGGAUGAUCAACAUGAUGAAGAAGCAAGAGAGAGAUGGAGACUCUUUCAAGCUCACGACGGAUCAUCUCAAAGGGAUGAUCUCGGACAUAUUUAUAGCUGGAGUUAGCACAAGCGCCUCCACACUGAUAUGGGCGAUAACCGAGUUAGUAAGAAACCCUAAAGUGAUGAAGAAAGUGCAAGACGAGAUUAGGACAACACUCGGAGACAAAAAGGAGAGAAUCACAGAGCAAGAUCUCACCAAGCUUCAUUACUUCAAGCUGGUGGUCAAAGAGAUAUUCAGAUUACACCCAGCAGUUCCAUUUUUGCUACCAAGAGAGACAUUGUCUCAUGUCAAGAUUCAAGGCUACGACAUUCCCGCCAAAACCCAGAUCAUGAUCAAUGUCUACGCGAUUGCUCGCGAUCCAGAACUCUGGAUAAACCCAGAUGAGUUUAACCCUGACAGGUUUCUAGAUAGUUCCAUAGAUUACAAAGGACUAAAUUUUGAACUGUUACCGUUUGGGUCUGGUAGGAGAAUCUGUCCAGGGAUGACAAUGGGAAUCACACUUGUUGAGUUGGCAUUAUUGAAUUUGCUUUACUUCUUUGAUUGGGGUUUGCCGGAGAAGGAAGAAGUCGACAAGAUCAUCACCGACAAUGAAGUUGCUCUUGGCCUAGUUCAAGUUCUUCUCCACUGAAAAUCUGAUAGAUGUUUUUUUUUUUUUUUGGUUUGUAACAUAUUUUUUUUGUAUUUGGUUAUUGAAUGUUUGUGUUACAUUAACCUUGCUUUCCGUCAGAGACAUUCUGUUUAAGUAACCCUAA